CAAAGCUUCAUCGUUCUGGUAUCUUUGGUCGUUGUUUUUCAAUCAGCUGUUCAAGGCUGGUGAUUGAUAUGCGGGCCUCCAAUCUCAUCGCUGCAGCGCUUCUGGCAGGCGUCACGCAAGCUUCAUCUCUAAAGCCUCCCAUCCUCCCGUUGAUCGUCAGGAACCCGUACCUCAGCACAUGGCUGCAGAACGCGCGCGAGGAGCCAUGGAGCAAAUGGCCUAUGUUCUGGACAGGCGAUGAGCUCGGCUUUGGAGUGCUUGCGUCUGUCCCGGAGACGAGCAAUGUGUAUCCGCUGCUCGGCCGCCCGCACGACUCGCUCGAACAAAGCAGUGGGCAUUACACCGUCGCAUUCCCAACGUACAAGGGAGCGAAAUACGAUGCGAGUACGACCAACUUGACGUACACUAUUCCUGCGCCGCCGAAGUUUGCCAGCAGCGCGAGCGAUCUCGAGAUCACGCUGAGCUUCCUCUCGCCCAUCACGCCGACCUCGACGCUGAGACAAUCGAUACCCGCCGCGUAUCUGAGCAUCCAUGUCCAAGGAAGCUUUGACAUCGACAUCUAUGUGGAUGUAAACGGACAAUGGGUCAGCGGCAAGCGGGACAGUCUCAUAGAAUGGGGCCUGACCCAGCAAGAGGCUGCCGGCUCAUCCGGAGAGCUCAAGACGUGGAGUGUCAAGCGUCAGGUCGAGCAGAUCUUCACCGAGGAACACGACCAGGCUGAGUGGGGUCAGCUGCACUUUACUGGGCCGAGCGAUGUGAGGCACGAGUCUGGUACCUCGGCGCUGCUUAGACAACGGUUCGCGAGGACGGGUACCUUGCAGGACCAGGUCGACAACAGGUUCCGCGCUAUCAUGGACGAGGAGCCGGUAUUUGCCUUUUCCAAGAGCUUCAAGCUGAAAAAUUCGCCUUCUACUUCGUCGAAGUCGACUGGCGAAAGUGUCCUGUUCACCAUCACCCACAUCCAGGAUCCCGUCACGCAGUACGCUUCAGCGCGAGGACUGACUUUCAUGAAGCCACUGUGGAAGUCAUGGUUCCCUGAAGAUGACAAAGUCAUCAAGUUUCACUAUGGAGACUUUGCCAAUGCCAACAGCCUGGCGAGUAACUACUCUGAGCAGCUACGUAUCGACGCCUAUCAGUCUGGCUCUUCAAACUACGUCGACAUCGUUGCGCUCUCUGCUCGACAAGCCAUGGGCGCAACAAGUUUCUCGGGAACCCCUGAGAGCCCCUUGCUUUUCCUGAAGGAGAUUUCCUCCAACGGCAACAGCCAGACGGUUGACGUGAUCUUCCCCGCCUUCCCGUUCUUCCUCUACACCAACCCAAGAUGGCUCGCAUACCUCCUGGAACCCCUCCUCGAACAUCAGCUGAGCGGCCAGUAUCCCAACAAGUACUCGAUGCACGAUCUCGGGGCGCACUUUCCCAAUCUUACUGGACACGCCGAUGGUCGUGACGAGUACAUGCCUGUCGAGGAGUGCGGCGACAUGCUCAUCAUGGGCCUUGCUUUGAUCAACUCCAUGAGCUACAGCUCCGAUGCCGACGCCCAAUCGAUCUGGUCAACGGUCGGCGAUGACACCGACACCGUUGAUUCGAACGAAAAGGCCUUCGCCCUUACAAGUAUUGGCGAACACGGCGGCGUCUCCUACAUCGACGACACCUGGGGCGGCCACACCAAGGGCAACAAGCAAGCGAAGAAAUGGCUCGAAGGGAGCUACGAUCUGUGGAAGCAAUGGACAGGCUACCUUGUCGAAGACGCUCUUGAGCCGCACAACCAGCUCUGCACAGACGACUUCGCCGGAUGGCUGCCGCUGCAGACCAAUCUUGCGCUCAAGGGCAUCAUCGGCAUCAAGGCCUUCAGCGAGAUCGCGUCGCUCAUGGACCGCAAUGGCGACGCAAAGCACUACCGCAACAUCUCCGAGACCUACAUCGAGAAGUGGCAGGAGUACGGCAUCUCGCGCGACGGCGGGCACGCCAAGCUCGCGUACGACUGGUACGGAAGCUGGACGACGCUGUAUUCGCUAUACGCAGAUGCAGUGCUAUGCUUUCAUCCUAGCACCACGAACGCAAGCUCUACGGAGUCCUCUGACGGCAAAGUGCGCGAGGCAACUGACUUCGCUGCUGGCAACGCCCCUGCACAGGAACCGCUCGCGCCCGCAGAGAGCUCCAGCGGCCGCACACCGAUCACCACGGACUUCAUCCCGAGCCACAUCUACAAGGCACAAUCAAAGUGGUACGCUUCCGUCAUGCAGAAAUAUGGCUUGCCCCUCGACAGUCGCCACUUGUACACCAAGUCCGACUGGGAGUUUGAAGCCGCGGCUGUUGCGUCGAAAAAAGUCCGCUCCGAGAUCCUCGACCGCGUGGCUACGUGGCUCAACGAGACGGUCACGGAUCGCCCGUUCACUGACUUGUACAACACCGAGGGCGACGGCGGGUUCCCGGGCCCGUGGUUCUUCGCACGGCCUGUUGUUGGUGGGCAUUUUGCGUUCCUGACGCUCGAGAGGGCGUGCGGUGGGCAGGCAGCUAGGGCGUUUGAUUGGGAGGACGACGAGUAGGAGAUGGAGAAGUGUUGAGAUUGGGGUAUUGGUUCUCUUGGCGCCUUGCUGGUUCUCUUGGCUUUUUGCUUCCUACUCUUAGCAGCCUGUAUUCCAUAUUGUCCAACAUUACUUUGUUCUGCUUUUACAAUGCACAUGUAUGGAUAAGGCACCACUGAUCAUGUAUCUAGCGCGCCGGAUUCGGUUGGCUCAGAUCUACGUAGCGCCAGAUUAGCGACGAUCUAUGACAGCAUGUCGACCAGCCACCCGGGUCAGG